GAGGGGGAGCGGAGGGAGGUGUUUCUGUCAGUUCCGGCUGUUUGUUCGGGAAGUGGAUCCACCGCUGCCGGAGCAGCCCGGAGGGAGCUGCGGAUCGCGAGGCCAGUACCGACCCCGCCCGCCCGCGCGCACCGCCCCCGCCCGCCAUGGCCCGGGACUACGACCACCUCUUCAAGCUGCUCAUCAUCGGCGACAGCGGUGUGGGCAAGAGCAGUUUACUGUUGCGUUUUGCAGACAACACUUUCUCAGGCAGCUACAUCACUACAAUCGGGGUGGACUUCAAGAUCCGGACCGUGGAGAUCAACGGGGAGAAGGUGAAGCUGCAGAUCUGGGACACGGCAGGGCAGGAGCGCUUCCGCACCAUCACCUCCACGUAUUACCGGGGGACCCAUGGGGUCAUUGUGGUGUAUGAUGUCACCAGUGCUGAGUCCUUUGUCAACGUCAAGCGGUGGCUUCAUGAAAUCAACCAGAACUGUGAUGAUGUGUGCCGGAUAUUAGUGGGCAAUAAGAAUGAUGACCCUGAGCGGAAGGUGGUGGAGACAGAAGAUGCCUACAAAUUUGCCGGGCAGAUGGGGAUCCAGCUGUUUGAGACCAGCGCCAAGGAGAAUGUCAACGUGGAAGAGAUGUUUAACUGCAUCACGGAGCUGGUCCUCCGAGCAAAGAAGGACAACUUGGCAAAACAGCAGCAGCAGCAACAGAACGACGUGGUGAAGCUCACGAAGAACAGUAAACGAAAGAAACGCUGCUGCUAAUGCCCCCCCGCCGUCCACGCAGAGACUGCACUGCGGUCCCUCCCCCAGCCUGAGGCCCGCGGGGGGGCUCCUCGGGGGACAGUCUCAGUUUCGUGCCGUUAUUUAAAGAAUUCUCUCCACUUUUUGUAUUGGGAGGCGCCAUCGGCACUUCCUCUCCUUUCCCCUCGAGUGCCAAGACGGUGUUGGACAAGCCUGCCCUUCCCCACUGGUGCCCCCUCCCUGCCAAGGCGCCUGGACCUGGCGAGGACGCUACCAACUGAGCGAACUGAUUAACCAGAGUUUGUACAUAAUGUAUAUUGCUUUAGCCAGCUGCACACCCUCGUCCCGCUCUGGCUUCUGCCUCCUUAAUGCCAACCUGCUGCCACAGACCCUCCCAGUUCCCCUCCCCACUCUGUCUUACUGCCAGCAGCCUGCCAAGGAGAAAGCGUCACAUCCUAGCCGCAGCUUUGGCCAUCCUGGGCAGGUGGAGCCGGCCCUGUGUUGCUCAUUCUCUCCCCCUGCUCUGGGGCCUGGGCUGGUUCCCUCCCCUCCUCAUUCUCUGGGAAGCCCAGCCUUGAGGCAGGCCCUGCCCUCUGCUGGCCCUGGCCCUUCAGUUCCACAGAGGCAGACAGUCCUGCCCUUUGGCAAGCAGAUUUCUUGUCCUGCCUUCUAGACACCUCUGAGCUACAAACCCAGGGGAGUUGUGGUUUCUAAUUUAUACCACCAUAUUUUGGUUCUACAGAAAGGUAGGGGUAUAUUUGUGCAGAGAUGGACUUACAGGGGAGCUAUAUGAACAUUAUUUUAACAGAUAAAAUGAAGCCAAAUCAAAUGAAUUAAGUUCCUAGCGAUUCUAUCCCUGAGGAUAGAAUUUUUUGCUGGCACAGCAGCAAAAGUUGUGGCUGCCCCACUUUGGAUCCAGUGUUUUUAGAAAAAGUGAAUGGCUUCCUGUCAUUGUGGGGUUGAGGUCUUGGCCAUUUCUUGGUGGGAAAGGGGAAGGUGGCCUCCCACCCUUGUCUGUGUCAGCUUAGGGCCUCCCACUGGAGUUCCAGAGUCUGCAAUGCAGCACCAGGCACCUUUGAACUUGGGGAGUGAGUGCCAGGGGCUGCUGGACCACGGGAAUGACAACUCUGAGCUGGGACAACAGGCAGCCACGGAUCACUGAUGGGACAGUUUUAGUGUGGAGGUGGCAGGAUGAUUUCUUAGCAGGUGGGAAGGAAUGGUAGUGGGGCUUGGGGACAGCCAGUUCUGACCCACCCAGUCCCCUGGAGGAAAAACCAGGGUCAUCUGCACUUGAAUACUGAUCCCUUCCACUCCUCCCUGGCCACUUUGUUCCCCUUUCCCCUAAAAGGAUCAUGCAACCUGGGAGGAAUUUAUUUCAAUGCCAUGAUGUGUUUCGUUAGAUUUCCUUUCCUAGGUGAUUUCCAGGCAAAGCCCUGAUUGGACAAUCACAUCACAGAUCACGCUGCAGAUUUUCCAUGUUAACACUGUGGAUGGGUUUUUAAUAAAGACGGGGGGUUUCUUCUCAUCUGUCUCUCCACUUGCCCAAACUACCAAAAGCCGGUGGUUGAGUGUGACAGGCCUUCAUUUUGGAGCUGCAGGUGGGGAGUACUGGGGGCCUAGAAGGCGGGUGCCAGGGAGGGGCUGCAGGGCUGCCAGCAGGCAGCCCUGUCUGGUCUGGGGAAUCUGGGAGCAUGAGCUGGGUCUCUGUCCUCAGGACUGUCCUGGCUGACCAUGGGCCCCGUGGGUAUGCACAGAGCUCGGGGCUCCUGCAGUGGUGCGGACAUAUUGAGGCGAAGCCAGGAAGGGGUGCUUGCAAAUUCAAGCAAUAAGAAGGGGGUCCUGGGAACUUCCAGCUAAAGCUUGAAGCCCCCAUGGAUUCUGGCAACUGGAUGUCCAGACCCAGGUGGCGGGUGAUUUUGGUCCCACUGAGUGUUACGUGCA